UACGUCUGACGGCCGCGACUGAGCGACUCGACCGCCCGUCUUUGGCUGAGCUUGAGCCGCUUUGCCGGUGGUGCUAAUCGGUUUCUUGCCCAGCUCCGUGCCUAAGCUCCGGGGCUGCCCAUGAACGGCACCAUGGCCGCGUCCUCACACCGGAUAAUGUUGGGGCCGCUGGUUGCUGCCAUCGACCAGGGGACGAGCUCCACUCGGUUUUUGGUGUUUAACUCCAAAACUGCAGAGCUCCUCAGCCACCAUCAAGUGGAGAUCAAACAGAGCUUCCCAAAAGAAGGAUGGGUCGAGGAAGAUCCCAAAGAAAUUCUGCAGUCGGUGUAUGAGUGUAUGGAGCGGACCUGUGAAAAACUGACACAGCUCAACAUAGACAUCUCAAACAUUAAAGCUAUCGGAGUGACCAACCAAAGAGAGACGACGCUGGUUUGGGACAAAGAGACCGGGGAGCCCCUCUACAACGCAAUCGUGUGGCUGGACCUUCGCACUCAGUCAACCGUUGAAAAUCUUAUUAAUAAAACUCCAGGAAGGAAUAAGAACCACUUGAAGCAUAAAACAGGACUCCCGAUCAGCACCUACUUCAGCGCCGUGAAACUUCGCUGGUUGAUGGACAAUGUGAAAGAGGUCCAUGAAGCCGUCGUGUCUCACCGCGCCAUGUUUGGUACUGUGGACUCCUGGCUCAUCUGGUGUUUGACAGGAGGCAAGUCAGGUGGAGUCCACUGCACUGACGUGACCAACGCCAGCAGAACCAUGUUGUUUAAUAUUCACACAAUGGACUGGGACGCAGAACUUUGCAAAUAUUUUGGUAUUCCGAUGGAGAUCCUGCCCCGGGUGAGGAGUUCUUCAGAAAUAUAUGGCCUCAUGAAAAUAUGUUCUAGUCGGAAAUCAGGGGCUCUUUCAGGUAUUCCCAUUUCAGGGUGUCUUGGAGAUCAGUCAGCAGCACUUGUCGGACAGAUGUGUUUCCAAGAUGGGCAGGCUAAAAACACGUAUGGUACUGGCUGCUUUCUGUUGAGAAACACUGGAGCCAAGCCUGUAAUGUCUGAACACGGUCUUCUGACCACUGUGGCGUACAAACUUGGUCGGGACAAACCUGCCUGUUAUGCACUGGAGGGCUCUGUGGCCAUUGCAGGAGCUGUGGUUCGUUGGCUGCAGGACAAUCUUGGAAUCAUCGGAUCAUCUGAAGAGCUUGAGAAGCUGGCUGCAUCAGUCGGUACAUCCUACGGUUGUUAUUUUGUUCCUGCUUUUUCGGGUCUUUAUGCGCCUUAUUGGGAGCCCAGCGCAAGAGGGAUCAUUUGCGGAUUAACACAGUUUACUAACAAGCGUCAUCUCGCAUUUGCUGCACUGGAAGCUGUCUGCUUCCAGACUCGAGAGAUACUGGACGCUAUGAAUCAGGACAGCGGCAUCCCACUGACUCAGCUCCAGGUAGACGGAGGAAUGACAUCCAACAAGCUGCUGAUGCAGCUUCAGGCCGACAUCCUCUGUAUCCCUGUUGUGAAGCCCUCCAUGCCAGAGACCACAGCUCUGGGGGCAGCGAUGGCAGCGGGAGCAGCAGAGGGCGUUAGUGUGUGGAGCCUGAACCCAGACGACCUGAGCGAAGUCACAUCAGAGAAGUUCGAGCCUCAGAUCAACCCUGAAGAGAGUGAGUUUCGGUAUGCGCGCUGGAAGAGGGCGGUGCAGAAAUCCAUGAACUGGGAAACAACAGAGCCUAUUGGUAACGGAAACGGUGAACCGAGUAUCUUCAGCAGCGUCCCACUGGGCUUUUACAUCAUGGGCAGCAUGGUGAUGCUGAUUGGUGCGAAAUACCUCGCAGGCCACAACUAGGCUCAGACUCCUGGAGGCAUUAAAGCAAAGAGUGAAGUGGACGUUCCUGGUGUUGGACCACUUGACUCUGGUUGAACUCUUUCCUUAAAACCAUUCCUGACGAAAGACUCCUGCCAAACCUGAACUGCUGGAUGACUCUGAACUGACGAUUGGAACUUCUUUAUUAUUCUUGUUGUGCUUUUUCCUUAAUUUUUUCUUAUUUUCCUGCGUGACAUACAAACCACAUCGGUACAGAAGACAUGCAUUUUGUCAGACGUGUACAUGCAGUAUGCGUUUUUCUACUGAGCUGAUGUGGUAGGAAUUUUUGAGCUUAUUUAUGUCGAAAAUCUAGCAGUGGUACGUGAAGCACGCUGUCUGAUAUCCAGGACUUGCUGUUUGUCAUUUUACUGUUAAUCUUGAACUGUCAGAUUGUGAUGUUUUUGUUAAAGACCCUCCACUAUGCGCUACAAAGGAUUAUUUUUUUUAGAGCACUUUAUAUGUUUCUGUUUUGUCUUGCUGUGCACUAACAAGUCGAUGUAUAUAUUUUUCUAGAAUAUUUGAGAGGCACGUAGUCUGUAGUGACAUCAAAAGAAUGAAGGGAGUGUAGUUGAUGAAUUUGAUCAGAAUUGGAUAAAAAAAAUGCUACAAAACAACUAAGAGUACUUUCGAACUGAAGCAGCACUUACUCUGGAAAAAAUAACAUUUUCUGACUCAUACAUUCAUAGAUUCAUGCAAAAUUCUUGUCAAAUUAAGCAAAAAACUUGUGUUUAAUGAGUAAAAUGCAAACAUUUUGCUUGCAUCCUUAAAGUUCAACCACAACAAAGCCGCUUUAUUGCACUAAAAUGUCAGUGUUUACUCAUUUUUUCCCCUGAAUAAUUUUUUAAAAGUAAAGUUAAAGGGACCUGUGCUAUACACGCAUGAAUUUAUACAGUUGCUCUCUUUGCUGCUUGGUUGCAGUUUGAGAAACUUGAGGAAGUUUAAGUGAGUAAAUAACUCAGUAUUUAUUCUGUUGCCUGGCAUUUGUCAUGUUUGUCUUCAAUGAGAAUCUGAAAUGAAAAGAAAAGCCUGUCUGUGUUUGGUUAUUGAUGAAGUUUGCAGACAAAACAGAUGUUCUGGUUGAUAAUCGGUUGGUGUUUGCUCCUUGUAGUUAUGCUGUUAUUUAUUAAAUUGUCCUGUCCUGUAAAAGUAGGAAAUUUGAGAGAUGUAAUUCUGCAAAUGGAUAAUUUAUUGAUGCACAAACAACAUAGGAAAUGUCAUCGCGUGCGACCAAUAUUCAACUUCAAAGACCCGUAACUGUGAAAUGGAAAAUGGUUUUUCACACUCUUUUGCUACUAACGCUGCAUGUUUUCCCCUUCAGCGCAACAACAGUGUUUGUAUUCGGGACAUGAAAAGUGUACAAAUCUGUUGAGUUUCUCACCACAUUAAAGAGCAGUUUAACCCAAA